AGGAGAGUACGGGUGAGCGCUUUGGCCCUCAGGCCGCUCUCAAGAAAGAAAAAAACUUCCAAACUCCUGAUAUUUUUUAAAAAUUUUUUUAUUCAACUAAAUUUGAUUUUUUUUCCUCCACAUAAAAGUUUCGCAGCAAACCAAAUACACAAGAUGUAAACAAAUGACAAGAAUACACUUCCCGCUGGAGAAGAAAUGGAUCCGAAGGAAGGGAAGCCCUCUGGGGAUGAGACUACUGUCUCCCCAACUGCAGAGGACCCUGAGACACCAGGAAGUAGUGUGUCCACAGAGGAAGAGACCAAAGGCACAGCUGGGAUGAAAGCCAAAGAGGGGCCUCCAGAAGGGGCAGAAACGCAGGAAAAAGCACCAGCUGAGGAUGGCAUCUCAGCAGAAUUCCACGGGGAGGCUGAUGGGUUACCUGAAGUCAAGGUCGAGGUGGAAUCCCAGAAGGAGAAUGGUGGGAAAGAAGCCCAAUCUGAGCUUGUAAAGGAGGAUGAUGGAAAGGAAGAGAGCACAGCGGCUUCUCAAGAGAUGACUGGCAGGAAAGAGGAGACUGAACCUGAAUCCAAGGAGGCUAAGGAAAAUGAGCAGGCCGCAGUGGUCUCUCAGAAGCAGAAGGCUGAUGAAAACGAGGCCAAGCCCCAAUCUAUGGAGAAAGCUGAUGUGAAUGACAGAGACAAGCGUGAACACACGAAGGCUGUUGGGGAGGAGGCCACAGACAAAGGGGCCAAACCCGAAUCUCAGAAGCAGGAUGACGUGAAAGAUGAGGCCAAGGCCGAACCCCCAGAGGCUGAUGGGAAAGAGGAUACAGAAAGUGAUGUAAAGGAGUUGGUGGAGCCAGGAGGCCCCACUGAAGAGCAGGAGGAAGAUACGGAGAAGGAGUCAGAGGAAGGAGCAGUAGCGACUCCCAGCUCUCCAGAGGAGUGGCCCGAGAGCCCCACCGAGGAGGGCCACAGCCUUAGCCCAGACGGAGUGGGUCCGGACUCCACAGCUUCCGGAGAGACCAGUCCUUCAGCCAGUGAGUCUUCACCCGGUGAUGUGUCUCAGAGUCCCACAGAGGGCCCUCCGUCUGAGGAGAAGAAGAAGGAGAGAGCACCAGAGCGCAGGGUGUCUGCUCCAGUGCGGCCCCGGGGGCCUCGUGCACAGAACCGCAAAGCCAUCAUGGACAAGUUUGGCGGGGCAGCCUCAGGCCCCACUGCCUUGUUCCGGAACACUAAGGCGGCAGGGGCAGCCAUUGGCGGGGUCAAGAACAUGCUCUUGGAGUGGUGCCGAGCCAUGACGAGAAACUACGAGCACGUGGACAUCCAGAACUUCUCCUCCAGCUGGAGCAGCGGCAUGGCCUUCUGCGCCCUCAUCCACAAGUUCUUCCCUGACGCCUUCGACUACGCAGCACUGGACCCCACAAAGCGCAGGCACAACUUCACCCUGGCCUUCUCCACCGCAGAGAAACUAGCCGACUGUGCCCAGCUGCUGGAAGUGGAUGACAUGGUAAGGCUGGCGGUGCCUGACUCCAAGUGUGUCUACACCUACAUCCAGGAGCUGUACCGUAGCCUUGUGCAGAAAGGGCUGGUGAAGACCAAGAAGAAGUGAGCUGACAGGCCUGGGGGUGGAGGCGGACAGAGCCUGCAGAGCCGUGGCCCUGGGGCGGGCUUCUGGGGUGCUGCAGGUGCGGGUUUGGGGCGGGGGUAGCACCAGCCUCAGUGGCAUUAAAAGUAGUUUUGUAAACUCUGUGUCACCAUGCAGUGCUGUCCCC